GGCUGAUUCUUCCAGGUAAACAUUGCUAACCUUCCUGUUAAAUAGAGCACAAGACUUGCCGCAAUGUAACUACAGGAAUGAACAACAUGACUGAGAAAAGACUUCAAGACACAGAGGUCAGAAAUAGUGCGGACCUACUGACCGAGCCGUCUGUGAAAAUAAGAGGCUGCUUUCUUGGAGAAUGACGCGAUUCCAGCGCAAAAUAUGCCUCGCCUUGACCAUACUGUCCCUGUUUAUAUUGGUCGUUCUGAAAAUCCUGUCUCCGGGUGAUAGGAUACCGGCGGACGGCACUGGACUCGAAUUCGUUCCUCAAGAAGAUCACGGUGAUGGUGGUGGUGAUGAUGCCAAGGUUCACGUCACGCCUGAAACCAACAUGAUUAAAAAACCGUGGGUGGAAAAAGUUGUGAGUGUUUUCAAUAGAAGCGUCCCAGAUGAAGAUUUUCCUCCACCAAAUUACAACCUGCACGUGUUUUACUACACCUGGUACGGAAACCCUCGCUACGACGGGAAGUUCAUACACUGGAAUCAUCCUCUCCUUCCACACUGGAACCCCAAAAUAGUGCCGGAAUACGCAACAGGAACGCACACGCCUCCAGACGACAUCGGUGCCAGUUUCUACCCCGCCUUAGGCCCGUAUAGCUCUCGCGACCCUUCUGUUAUAGAGGUUCAUAUGCAGCAGCUACGCACAGCAGCCAUAGGUGUCCUGGCAGUGUCCUGGUACCCCCCUGGCAUGAAGGACGAUAACGGCGAACCAACCGAAAACAUCGUACCUUUGAUUCUGGAAGUAGCCGCAAAGUACAAAGUGAAGGUGGUGUUUCACAUCGAGCCGUACAAAGGACGGGAUGACAAGAGCGUCCUUGAUAACAUUAAAUACAUUAUUGACAAGUACGGAGACCAUUCUGCUUUUUUCAGAUACAAGUCCAGCAGCGGAAAGCUUCUUCCAUUCUUCUAUAUUUAUGACUCCUAUUUGCAAAGUCCAGAUGUCUGGGCACAGCUGCUGAAGAGCACCGGGACGAGAAGCAUCAGAAACACGGCAUACGACGGCAUCUUUAUCGCUCUGCUGGUGGAGGAGAAGCAUAAACACGAAGUUCUGUCCGCCGGCUUCGACGGCGUCUACACCUACUUUGCGACUAAUAGCUUUUCCUACGGCUCCACUCAAAGGAACUGGAGAUCCAUUAAGGCUUUCUGUGACAGCAACAAUCUGGUUUUCAUCCCUAGCGUAGGACCGGGUUAUAUCGACACCAGCAUCCGGCCGUGGAACGGUCAGAACACGCGGAACCGCAUCAACGGCAAGUAUUACGAGACGUCUCUGAGAGCGGCGCUGGAGAUCAGGCCCGAGAUCAUCUCCGUGACUUCGUUUAACGAGUGGCACGAAGGAACUCAGAUCGAAACGGCCAUUCCUAAAACGAGAGGCCAAACUGCUUACUUGGAUUAUCUUCCCUACAAACCGACGGUGUAUUUAGACAUCACGCGCAGGUGGGCGGAGAAAUUCAGAAAAGAGCAAGAGCAACGGCCGCAGUGACUCGCUGAGGAACGUCUGUCGAACGUCCUUACGUCUGUAAGACAUAUCAAUACAACAUGUCCUGUUGUGAAAAUAAAGAAGUUUCAUGGAUCGUU